AUGAAGAGUUUCCUGUUGACUGUCAUUGAGAUGCUGGGGAUAGAAGCAGCUCUCACUGCAGAAGAAAAGCUAAAGAAGAAAGCCCAGUCUGCUUCAGCAGGGGUCCUAACUGUAAACCUGAAGACCUGCAGAGACUUCAGUAAAUCUGCUCCUUUGAAGAAAGGCAGUCGGGCUGCUGGGAGGAUCACUAUUGGGAGAACGGUGAAGUACACCGUGCAGCAGCCCUACAGCGACCCCAUGUGCUUUGAUGAAUGGAAACACUUCUCGCUACAGAUCCAGAAGGAAGACAUUUGCGGUGUCCAGCAGUCGAGUUUGGUGGUGGUGGAACUGAUUAUGGUGGAUCCUGAUUUAACCACCCCCGUACUCAUUGGCAGAGACACCAUCAUGCUGCAGGAAAUCCUUAAGAAAUCUUCAUUGAGUCAUCAGUUUAAUUUGAGGCUCAUGCAGAAGAAAGUCUGCAAGCUGGACGCAGAUCUGGCGUUCUCAUACGGCUCAAUGCGAUAUGGAUAUUCUCAUCAGAUCAAACAUGCAGGAAGGACCAUUGAGAGUAUGGUAGAGAAAUCUCUCUUUCCCCGCUGCCCUCCUAAUGAAGACCGAGAUCCAUUAUGUAAUGUAAUCACCCCCUCUGCACGGACCCGACUGGACUUCAUUCCCUCUGUGAUGCUGUAACCCCGCUUUGCUGUAGCUCACUAUAAUUCCUCUUUACAGGACAAAAACCAUAAGAAUAAUGUGUAAAGCUGCUGUUGACAUUAGCCGUGUUGGAGGGCUGUAGCUCCAGGUUGGUAACAACAAAAGCAAGUUAACAUGCACAUCGAUCUCCAUUCAGAAUGCGGUUAUGAGAGGAAACACAGAAUCCUGCAGUAAUAGUUUGUGCUAAAAUUAUGUUUUAGGCCAAAACUUUAUAACAAAAUUAUCAAAAAGCAAUCUCUCAGGCAUGAAGUCAUGCAAUCAUAACCUUUUUGUGUAAUAACGGGAUGUAGGUUUCAGAGCCAGUAAACUCGUCGGACAUCUGGUUCCUAGUACUAUAAAGGUGCACUCUGUACAUUUCUUUGGAGAGGCACAUUUCAGACCGAAUCACUCCGAAUAAUUUUUGUCACUUCUAAACCUCUCAAUGACUAAGUCAUUUUGCAAAAUGGGCUGAGUUCCCCUUUCAGUUUCCUUCGAAUUUUGUUCUGUCGUAUCCUUGUUUAUCUGUAUUUUGUCUUAAAGUAUGGGUUAGUCGUUUAACAGUGUGAAUGUGUACGCAUGUGUGUGUGAGACAGAGAGUAUACGCGUGUGUUUGUGUGUGUGUGUGUUUGUGUGGGGGUCAGUGAUUGAGCAGAAUUGUGAGUGUUUGAGUGAGUAUUCCACCAUGAUGGCUAAUUAUUGAAUGAAUGCAUAAGCAAGUGAGUGACGGAAUGAAUAAGUGAGCAAAUAAGCAAAUGUGUGAAUGACUGAUUGAGUCGGUAAGUCAGUGAGUUAAAAUCAUUUCUUGAUCAUUAUUUUCUCAGUUUAUUUAUGUAUUUAGAGUAAACCAGUUACAUGUAGAGUAUAUCUACAUGUAGUUUAUCAAAUCAAAUCAAAUCAAAUUUAUUUAUAUAGCGCUUUUUACAACUGAUGUUGUCACAAAGCAGCUUUACAAAAAUGGGAAUCACAGCACAGAGAAUCAGACAAAACACUGAACAUAAUAUACAGAAUAUACAGAACCCCAGAAGUUUAGUGUGUUUAUUCUGCUGAUAAGCAUCUAUCAGGCAGCUGAAGUUAAACUGAGUAAUUCCUGUAAAACUUCCAUUUGUGGACAUACAGAGGUGCAGGU